UGUCUGCGCACUGAUGUACCUCGCGGUUGUACACUGUGUGAUUGUGUGAGGGUAAAGUAAUGUGGGGGGAGGUAACCCUGCUGUGAUAUGAAGGACAGGUUAGGCUAGGCGUAGGCCUGAGCUCCACAUCUGUCCUGCUGCCGGACUCUCGGGAUGGAUUUCGUUCUGAGCGGAGUGGCGGCAUGCGGCGCGUGUCUGUUCACCAACCCGCUGGAGGUCGUCAAAACGCGGAUGCAGCUUCAGGGAGAGCUCAAGAGCCGGGGCUCGUACCAGGUUUAUUAUCGUAAUGUCUUCCAUGCCUUUUACACCAUCGGGAAAGUGGACGGACUGGCAGGGCUACAGAAAGGACUGGCACCUGGACUGGUUUAUCAGUUUUUUAUGAAUGGAGUCAGGCUGGGCUCGUACGCCAUCAUUGAGUCUUCCGGUUACAUCCACACGAACGGAAGGGUCAGCGCGGUUAAAACCACGAUAGCUGGAGCUGUGGCUGGAGUAGUGGGGGCCGUCAUGGGCAGCCCAGUGUAUCUGGUUAAGACUCACCUGCAGAGCCAGUCUACAUCCUCCAUUGCAGUUGGACAUCAGUACAAACACCAGGGGAUGGUCCAUGCUCUGGCAGCCAUCUACAGGGAGCAUGGCAUCAUGGGACUGUGGAGGGGCUCCAGUGCUGCCGUACCCAGGGUCAGCGUGGGCUCAGCAGCGCAACUCUCCACCUUUUCCUCAUCCAAAGAGCUGGUCAUAGACUUACAGAUUUUCAAAAAGGACAGCUGGUUGGUGGCCCUGAGCGCCGGUAUGAUCAGCAGUGUGGUCGUGGUUCUGGCUAUGACGCCUUUUGAUGUAGUGAGCACACGACUCUACAACCAGCCCGUGGAUCAUUUGGGCAAGGGACAGCUUUAUAAAGGAUUUGCCGACUGCUUUGCUAAGACGCUGAGGAAGGAGGGCUUGUUUGGACUCUACAAAGGCCUGGGAGCCUCUUAUUUCCGACUCGGCCCUCACACCAUUCUGUCUUUGUUCUUCUGGGAUGAGCUGCGCAAGCUAUACCAUCAGUUCAGAUAACACCAGGGACAUGGAAAUUAGAAAAUGGGUAACUCAUUAAGCUGUCAAGGUUAAAUGACUCUUCAUUGAAUGAGUUUGUUAUUAUGAGGUCAAAGAGAAACCAAGAGAGACUCCUCUUCCUUGAUGGGACAGAGGAAGAGCAAAGGUGAUGUUAUACACUCCAUUAUGAAAACACUUGAGUCUAAUGAAAAUAUGUCAGGAAGAGGAGGAAGAAAAUUACGUUACUGCAGCCAAGAGUGCUGACCAAUUCUGUCCGUAAUAUUUUGUGGUAAAUGCACUUUGAUUUGUUUUGGCGCCAUAUGUGCACAGAUAUGAUGAUAGCCAAGUAGGAACUUUGGAGAAUAGACUUUUCUAUUCGUUCUUGGGGAGAAUGCAACCAUGUAAGGGUUCUUUAUUAGCACUGAAACUCUUCAGUCAUGCCAUUCCAAGAGAUAUAAAUAAGUCUGCACCAGACAAAACUCAGUACCUCCUGCAGAAAGCAUCAAAUGUGGCCCAGUGUCAGGAAAACUGAAUGCAUUGUGCCAUGUAGAUCCAGUUUGUAGACCGGCCAGAUUGAUACAACAGCUGUUUAUUGCAAAGCUAACACAGGCAACAGUGUUAACAAGUGAAGGGGGAGGAUGGCAUGUCAGUCUGAUAUAACCAGAGGAAGAAAAGGAAUAAUAAUUGAAAUAUACUUUUUUUAAUGGCACUUAACCAAAACCUGUUACAAAGUUUUCACAAAACCUAAAAAUCUAAUAUAGAUACGCAAAAGUGAGGGAAUUUAGUAAGAAGACCAUCUGAAACAUUAGCUGUAACUACAUAAAUGUUUAAAAAAAGAAUAAAACAGGAAAACUUAAAGUGAUGGUUGAAUAAAUUAAACUGUAAAUACGGCAUAUAUUCUGUAUACGGUCUGAAAUACCAGCUCAGUGGAUUAAAGUAAAAACUUGAGUUGGAAAUGAUCAAAAAUGCAAGCAGGUGUUAUAAAAAAAUAUCUACUGCCUUACAUUUGCUGAUAGUAAUGCAAUAUACAAAUACACCUAAGAGGGAAAAAUAUUGUAGCUGAAGGAUUUUCUAAACUGCUCUGAACAUCAAACCUGCAGUUAGAAUUAAGAGAACCUGAUUAUCUCUGAACCACCAGUGAGCCAGACACUACUUUUACAGCCUUAAAUGGAAAAAAAGGAAAAAUGCAGCUCACAUAAAGACUUUAUCCAUAGUACAAAUUUUCAAAGCACUUAAAGCCCAAAAGCCUGCUAACAGGAAAGCAUUAAGAUAUGAAGAACUGUGUUCUACAGUGUUGGUGCAGAUUUGGUGCUUUCGCCUCAUGUUUUAAGUGCAUGAUACUCUGUGAAGUGUCAGACAUUUCAUGAAACAUUGUCAAUUGCUGCUUUUAAAAGAGAAAAUCAUUUUUGCAUGAAACAUUCAGUAGUGACACAGACUUUAAGGACACAUUAGUCCUCUUAACUUCUAUAACACAGCACAGGACAUUACUUUUUAGUGACGGUAUUUUUAGUAAUGAAGUUUGCUCAACCAACGUUGCCACUGACUUUUUUUUAAAUACUUUUAAAGGAACUUUUAUUGCUCUAUAGAAAGCCCAUUUGUGCUAUAAACCAUGUGUGUGGUUUUGUUGGAGUAUAUAAGUCUGUUUGAUCAACUCUUUUAUUGAUUUACCAUGAAGGAUCAGACAAAUCCAAGUAGCAGCCUACUGAAGAUCCAAUUAUAAGAAUUAUAGUGGAUUAGAACGACUUAAAUUGUCUUCCCCAGACAAUAUUAUUAGAACGUGAUAUCUUUGAAUAGCAGCUUGCAGAGAGAGAUUUCUAUCAAGUAAAACUCCCUUAAUGCAGUUUUCUUCAGAGUGGUUUAGACGCCAUAAAGUAUCACAAAUACAAAUUAAAUGUGAUGCAAGAACUUAAAAGUAAAGGUGCCAUACCAUUAUCAUAAUGGUGAAAUGUUACUGGUUAGCUAAUGUAGCUAAAGAGCUUUUAAAGAAUAAGAAGUGCAACACUUGAAGAGGUAGGAUAAAGGACUAAUAGAUAAUGCCAAGACGCAUUCAUAAAUGCUAAAUGUGGUUCGAAAAUUGCUCUGCUCGUUCUGAAAUGUAAAAAGUGAUAACGGCAAUAAAUAAACCUCAUGACAACUUUUGUAAGAGUUGGCAGUGUUACUGAAUGUUAAAUGCAGCCGUCUGGUUUUAUUUCAUGAAUGUGUUACUGUCACGGGCAGCAAGAGCUCCUGUGCAAUGGACUU